AAAGCGAAGGCACCAGCGUGCGCUCCGUGGACGCGCUCGAACCUCACGCCGUGAUGUUCUAAUUAUUCAAAUAACCGAAUUAUUAACCUACAGUUGAUUGCUUGCGUAAUAUUUCGACAGAACGUAAUAUUUCGACUUGCGUUCGCAUUUAUUUUACAGUCGCGUUGAUUUUUAUACGUUUAUAUAAUCUGCAUUGCGCUCCUGGAGAAGUUCGUUCUUGAACUGUCGUUAUGGUUUGGAGAGUAUUUUGGGGCUAAAUGUAAACGCAUAGUUGUUAUGGAGACAUUAUGAAAGGCAAAGACAUGUAAUGCACUAUAUUACGCGCUGCAAUUUUAAUGUUAACUACACAGAUAUCUACUACAAUGUCACAGGCUGAGGUAGACAUGGCUAGUCUUGGCUUCCCGAAGUUGCCUGCUGGUUCUGACGCGGACUCGUUCUUCCCAGCGCGCCUGCCGCCGAGACGGAGGAGACACUCGGCGAACUCCAGGAGAAAUGCCUACAGAUUUAACAAACUCCACACCAUGGACGUUGAGCCCCAAGAGAGCAUUGCAUCUCUGACAAAAACUCUUUCGUGGUCAGCCGACAAUAUUUUAUCGGAAAGUACCAACGAGGAGAAAAAGACGGACUCUUCUCCUCCAGUGUCACUUGCCUCCAGCUCUCCACCUGAGACACGAGACUCGGACCCGCGACCCGCUGAUACCUGGGCCACCGAGGAGCCCAGCGCGCAGGAGGCUGAUGCCAGCUCGGACUCCGAUGAUGAAAGCACCGAGAAGAAAGCUGUUUUGUCAAGAGCCCUGUUUGAGAGUAAACGCAAGCAGGAGGAAAAGGAUGAGGUUGAGACUAAAGCUGUGGCGACUUCACCUGAUGGAAGAUUUCUGAAAUUCAACAUUGAAAUCGGAAGGGGGUCCUUUAAGACAGUCUACAAAGGAUUGGAUACGGAGACCACCGUGGAGGUUGCUUGGUGUGAACUGCAGACCCGAAGGCUGACGAAAGUGGAACGGCAGCGGUUCAGUGAAGAGGUGGAGAUGCUGAAGUGCCUGCAGCAUCCAAACAUCGUCCGUUUCUAUGACUCCUGGAAGUCCACCAUGAAAGGACACAAGUGCAUCAUCCUUGUGACGGAACUCAUGACGUCAGGGACACUGAAGACGUACCUGAAAAGGUUCAAAGAGAUGAAGCUGAAGCUUCUCCAGCGUUGGAGUCAUCAGAUCCUGAAGGGCCUUCAUUUCCUGCACACCCGAACACCACCCAUAAUCCACCGAGACCUUAAAUGUGACAACAUUUUCAUCACUGGCCCCACUGGAUAUGUUAAGAUUGGUGAUUUGGGUCUAGCUACUCUCAAGAGUGCCUCAUUUGCCAAGAGUGUCAUUGGAACCCCAGAGUUUAUGGCUCCAGAGAUGUAUGAGGAGAAAUAUGACGAAGCUGUGGAUGUUUAUGCCUUUGGCAUGUGCAUCCUGGAGAUGACCACAUCAGAGUACCCUUAUUCAGAGUGUCAAAACGCUGCGCAGAUCUACCGCAAAGUCACUAGUGGCAUGAAACCAGACAGUUUUUACAAAGUGAAAGUCCCUGAACUGAAAGAGAUCAUUGAGGGAUGCAUUCGGAUGAACAAAGACGAAAGGUACACUAUCCAGGACCUGUUAGAGCACACCUUCUUCCAGGAGAAUAAUGGUGUCCAUGUCGAAUUGGCUGAGGAGGAUGACAUGGUGAAGUCUGGCCUUAAACUAUGGCUUCGAAUGGAUGACACCAAGAAGCUCCAUGGCAAAUAUAAGGACAACAACGCCAUUGAGUUCCUGUUUGAACUCUACAAGGACGUCCCAGAAGAAGUGGCUCAGGAGAUGGUUGUUCUUGGAUUUGUCUGUGAGGCAGACUACAAACUGGUGGCCAAAGCCAUCCGUCACCGUGUCACCGCCAUCAAGCGCCAACGAGAAAAGCUCCGUCGACAGGCAGAAGAGGCCCAGAGACGGCGACAAGAGGAGGUGAUUGAGGAGGAACCCGAACCUAGUCUUGAAGCCGAACCUUCAGUUUCUAACCCACCUGCUCCUAAGCCUCCUGUAGAGACUCCCGUAUCCACCCCUACUCAAGCUCCGCCCACUGUCACAGUGUCAGGCCCCAUUUCCCUGUCUGCAAACGAAUCUCUGGACUCUGGCUUUAACGCCAGCUUUGCCACUGAACCCGAGGAGCCAGACGCGGACAAGCGGCAGCAUUUCAACAUACGUCACGCCAGCUACUCAUCAGCAACGUCUGACUGUGAGACGGAUGGAUACCUCAGCUCCUCUGGGCUUCAGGAACCUUCAGAAGCUCGAGUUCCUGUGGCAAACCAACCCUCCACAGCUCCACAACCAACCAGUGGAGCCCCUCGCGUGGAAACCCCACCCAUUGAAGCCCCUCCCACUCCAGCUGCAGCGAUCCCAGCUCUCCGUUUCCCCUCGAGCAUUGCUGUGUCCCAAAACACAGAGAGGGCCCAGUCAGGAAAUACCAGUGGUUUUUCCUCUCCUGUCGACAGCUAUGCUUCUGAUGUUACCUCUGGUUUGAGUGACGGAAACGAGGGUCUUUCGGAGAGAGGCGGGAAAGGUCAGAACAAACGCACCGGAACCAAGCUGCUCAGGAAGAGGGCUCGCUCACGGCUACACAUCACUGGGCUGUCAGAUAAAGUGGAUCGGGUUGUAGAGUGUCAACUACAGACCCAUAACAGCAAGAUGGUGACAUUUAAAUUCGAUCUGGAUGGAGACAACCCAGAAGACAUUGCUGCAGUAAUGGUACAUAAUGAGUUUAUUCUACCUGAGGAGAGAGAGGGAUUCAUCCACCGCAUGAGGGACAUCAUCAGUCGGGCAGAGGCCCUGAUGAGGAGAGAGCCUUUGGAACCACUCAGUCCCAGAGACACUGCUCGUCUGCCUUGUCUGAGCGGAGUCGGCUCACUGUCUGCCUCACAGCCCAAUCUCCACACGCAGGGCCUCGCUCGCACACACUCCUCCUCCUCGUUGCCAGAUUAUGCUGCUGCCAGUAUAGGGCCAGUGACCCGGGGUUCCUCACCUACACUGAGUGCCGACUUUUACGUUGAUCCCGAUGCCAUUCCACCCGUCCGGCCCCUGCGUUCACAAUCCUUCCACACUACAGGUUCCUCCCAGACCUAUCAGUCUACGCUCAACUACCCGCAGUACUCCCACCCUGAACUUCUGCCACAUCUCCUGCCAAAUCAGAUGUCUGCCAUGCCCCCUCAGCUCCCCAAACCACCUUAUGUUCAAAACACCCACUUUGCCUACCCCUACCAAAUCGAUCACGCCUCCCUCAAGAGCCCCCUCAACCCAAGUCCGCUUACCCGUGUCCCCAGCAACCCAAACUUCUAUUCCUCCUCUCCGUCCUCUUCUGUUGUUUCACCGGUUCAGCAGUCCAUCGAGAUUCCGCCUCAAGCUGAAACCAAAACUCUGCCACUUUCAGUUGCCCCUCCACCUGGUCCGCAAGCUGCAGGCAUGUGGCCGCCACAUUCCCAGCAGCCCUUUAUUUCGCUGGCCAAUGUUCUUUCUCUGGCUAUGAACUUUGCACAGUCCUUUAUACCCCCUGGAUCCAUCCCUCAAGGUUUCCACCCGCAAAUGACCCCUCAACCAGGGUAUGGCCCUAUGUAUCCAGCUCAGCAUGCGAGUAUGAGCAACGCUGAUGCUCCAUACCACCAGGGGGCACCGAGUGGCCUGUAUAUGGAUAUGUACCAAUAUCCUGAUGCUUAUAUGCAGAUUCCAGCACCAGUUCCUGAACCUCAAGAACGAGGCCAAACAGCAUCUCCACCAGUAGUCCCUCUUAGAGAGCAGAGAACAGGCACGGGCCCUGAGAUUAAACAGCCCAUAAACCCAAACCCCACAAACCCAAGCUCUUCUCCAGGGUCCAGAAGUAGCCCACUGGCAGAGAGCCAGUCUAACCCCAUUGGGCAGCUCAGAGAGCGGGCAGACAGUUCAGCAUCAAGCUCCUGCACCCCAUCCAGCACAAGCUCACCAGCAUCCUCCACAUCCCCCAGUCCGCAAAACACUGUGUCCUCACCCAUCCCAAGGUCCUCCCCCACUCUGUACAUGUCUCUGGCAGUGUCUGAAACGAAUACCAUCGCAGCCAAAUCUAGACUCUCACCUAUAUCUGAAGAGAAAAAGUCUAUUGUCACAGUGGGACGGUUCAAAGUCAGUCCAAGCAAGGAAAUCCCCAUUCCAACUCCCAGCCUGACGCCAACUCCCACCCCUACAGCUACGCCCACAUCCAUACUGACCCAAACAUGCCCUAUAACAGAUCCUCAAGCCACGCCCCCUGCACCCAACAGCCAAUCAGACAGCAGCACAGACGUACAGGUGGAAUCAGAAAGCAGUCACAGCUCUCUGAAUGAGUCCCCACCACUUAUCAAACCACCUAGUGUGGCUUUGUGCCGCUCAGACAGCGCCCCCUUGUGGACUGGAGGAACUAAACCACUGGACAGAGAAGUUGUAGAACCAGACGAGGGACGUGGAGGUGAAGAAGGGGAGGAGGAGGUGGAGGAGGAGACAGAAAGGAGGCGGAGGAGAAUAAGUGUAAGUUUGCUGGAAAGUUCAGCCGGGAGUCCUCAGUUCAAUCUAAAUCAGCCGUGGAUGAGUUACACACGCAGUACCUCGUACGCUAGCAGCGACGAGACAGAGAGUGAAGACGAGGGAAUGUAUGAGGAGCUACAGGAACUCAGAGAGAGACAUGUGGCAGAGGUUCAGGCUCUCCAGGCCUCUCAAAAGCAAGAGAUCGAGGAACUCUACAAACAGAUGGGUAAAGUGCCCCCUCCGGGAAUCGUGUCUCCAGCGGCCAUGUUGUCCAGCCGCCAGCGUCGUCUGUCUAAAAGUGGAGGGUACCCAAGCUCUCGCCGAAAUAGCCUGCAGAGACUGGACUUACUGCCCCCUACAGGUACCAUAGGUAUCAUGUGUAAGAACUCAGUGAGCGGCAGCAGCAGUGGGUCACAGGAAAAGGCCAGUAAAGGAGUGACUUUUGCCUCUGAUUUUCCAAGAAUUUGAUUUCUUUUUCUAAGGAGCCCUUUGGCCUUUGUCCUGCUCUCCUUAUGGGCUGAAGUGACACCAUUGCUUCCUCAUGCAACUGCUGAUGUGUGUGAGCACAUGUUUGUGAUGUCAGGAAAGGAGUGUGUGUUCUUCACAGACUGUGAUGUGAAUAUUUUUAACCAGUAUACCUCUGCUCAGUAUUCUAAGGAUGACUUACCUAGUGAGCUUUCUGAAGAGACAGGGCACUUGGAAGGACAGACUUUAUAUAUGAAACUUGUUUAGAGAUGCGAUGUAGUUGAUCUCAUUCUACUUUUCUGUACAUUCUUAACUUGUUUUGGUUUGUUCUUUACCCCCUGCUAAUGGAAUACACAAGAGAGGAAUGUUACAUGCACUGACCUUCCUUUUUAUCUUUCCGACAGUGAUUUCUUUUUCUAAGGAGCCCUUUGGCCUUUGUCCUGCUCUCCUUAUGGGCUGAAGUGACACCAUUGCUUCCUCAUGCAACUGCUGAUGUGUGUGAGCACAUGUGUGUGAUGUCAGGAAAGGAGUGAGUGUUCUUCACAGACUGUGAUGUGAAUAUUUUUAACCAGUAUACCUCUGCUCAGUAUUCUAAGGAUGACUUACCUAGUGAGCUUUCUGAAGAGACAGGGCACUUGGAAGGACAGACUUUAUAUAUGAAACUUGUUUAGAGAUGUGAUGUAGUUGAUCUCAUUCUCAGCACAGAUUUAUGGAGAAAUGCCCACUCAUUUGCAGCUAUAGCACCCCUAGUGGUUGAAUGUAUAAAUUGCUAAAGUUCUUUCACUUAGUCCAUGUGGUUGCUCUCUAUAAUGUUGUCAAUUCUAGAUCAGCUGCUCAGUAAAUUUUUAUUCCAACUCUCAGGCAGUCAUAAAUGCCUGAAUGAAUCGGUACUGAAAAGACUUGUACUGACUAAGUCCUUGUAAAGACUUAGGCCUCAUUGUAGGUUUGCUUUUAAAUAAAACAGUAUCAUGUACAUAAUUGACAAAUUGUAAAGCACAUUACAGCACAUAUAUGACUUUGUUGUUGCAAUGUUUUGCACUCUCAAUAAUUGCACACAAUAUUUUUUUUUAACUCCCAUAAUUCGCAGUAUUGACAUUUGAUUUUAUUUCUUUUUCACGAUACAAAUCUGAUGCCUCAAAAUUUGUCUAAAAUUAAUGUAGAUGUUGUGAGUAUCCAAAAACAAUGCAGAAUGCAAGGCUUUAUUGAUAUUUAGAUCUUUUAAUAUUUAAAUGCGAUUAAUAAGCAUAUUUAAAUGCACUUGUCAAUCAAUUAUCAUUUAGAUGUUACGCUAAUGUGACUGAAUAAAUUAAUUUCUGGAGGUAACAAUCUAACCAAAGUAUCUAAAACCACAUUUUAGAGAACAAAUAGUAGACAAUUGUUCAAAUAAAUCUGCCUUCAGUUCAGUAAAUGUCCAUACUGCCAUUUUUUUUCCUAAAUUGUAAUUAUACAUUUAGUUGUAAUUUUAGUAGGUACUGAUUAAGAAUUUAGUUCCUCCCAAUGUUAAAACAGCA